ACGACCCUGCAUAGAAGAAGCUCCUCAAACUUUUUUUUCUUUCUUAUUUUAUCAUACCGGAGUCAAUAGGUUUUGCAUUCUACUUUCUAACGUAUUUUAAUCCAAGACACAAGUAUCUGAAAUAUAUAUCCAAAGCUACCUCCCACACACCCUAACUCUGCCCUUUGGUUUCCUUAUAUGGAGAUCAUGGGUAGGUCUAAAGUAUGAUCGGAUAUCAGCCUCCACACCUCUUCAGACGCAGGCUAAGGAUCUACUAGUUGUGAGCUACUAAAUAGACCAUAUUUCUCCUGUAUUAGUUGCUUCUGGGGUUAAAUUCGGCACCUUCUAGGUGAGGCCCGGAAUACGUGACGAGUUAGUGUUUCAUUGUCAAGAAUCCUGCGGGGAAACGGUUACUGAUAUUUCUGUGGCUGCACAGGAUCUAAGAGCACACCUUUCAAACUGCAGAUAUGAGUAAAGUUAGGACUCUGAGUGGAACCUGAAUGCUGGUGUCGAGACAGGAUGAGUGACAACACUGUAUCGCCCGAGGGUGCAGAGAGUGGGAAGAAUGAACAUGUCCGCCACUGGCUACAUAGUAGUCCCACUGCCCCACAGGAGUAUAAUGAGGAAGUUGCAGGGUUAAGUCUUCUCUGCCCUGGUAAACAGGGCUUGGUGGCCCAGGAGGAGAGAGCAGAGUCACCUAGCUGUCUGUCAAUGAAGAGUGAUCAUUCAAUGGGUCAGCCAAUCGACUUCCACCGAGGACAUGGCACAAGAGACAAAAGGGAGGGUGCAGAGUCACCUACAUCCAGCUGUGUGUCAAUGAGGAGUGACAGCUCAAUGGAUCCACCUAUAAACUACAAGAGAGAGUUUAUUCCCAAUCGCAGGGAGGGAGCAGACUCACCUACACCCAGCUAUCUGUCAAUGAAGAGUGACCAGUCAAUGGGUCCAUCUUCAAGGAUGAUGACAUCAGACACAACACAACUGUCCGUUGGUGGAGUGCAUGCAACAAUGCUUACAGAACAUCAUGGCAUGAACAGAGUCAGCAACCUCAGAGAAUUCCCACAGAGAAUUGAAGACUGGACUAAGGAGCAUGUGAAAGAGUGGCUAACUAGUAGUCUCAAACUCCCUGAGGUCGCAACAAAACUUUAUGAACAGGAUGUGUCAGGAGGUAGCCUGGUUUGCAUUGAGAAACAGGACUUGACUGAUUUAGGUGUUAAGUUUGGGCCUGCGAUUCAAAUCAUAAAAAAUGUAGAGAUACUGAGAAACGACUUGGAGAGUGUAGGGAGAAGCAUGAGAUCCCCUGAGAGUGACCCCUUCAGAAGACAGGAGAGAUUUAGAUAUAGAGCCAUACCAGAAGCUAGGAUGGGGUCACAUGAGGAAACUCUGGAUUCUGACAGUGUGAAAUCGGAGUCAGUGGCUCCAAGUCUAAGCUCUUCAUGGACAUCAGUGGAAGAACUGAGACAUUCCGAUUCAGAUGUUGCAUCCCCCAUUCAACUGCCAAUGGGAGAGUCGGAAUCCAUUCCAGCUUAUGGAAAUAUGGAGGACAAUACGAGACAAAGUGAGACUUCCAUCUCAUCAGUUGACCACUCGAGAGAAACUGCUCUGAAUCUGGAGAACAGGAUAUGUCCCCCACGUCCCUUUGACAAAAACGACCCAUCGUUCACAUACAUACAAAAUGAUACCCUCCCCCCUGAAUCCGGUCCAAGCAAUCUCAUUGACCCGGUACAUGAGUACAAGAUCCUGCCAAGCACAGAGGAAGCCAGUGAGAUAGAUAUCCUGGAAAAGUUCAGCAACGAAGUGUUUCGUUUUUCCGCAGCCUGCAUGAACUCUCGCACCAAUGGGACCAUUCAUUUUGGGGUGACAGGCGGGUCCGGACACAUGCAUGGACAAGUGAUUGGGCAAAACUUGCCAUCAUUCAAUAUGUAUACAGACAAGUUUGACUUGCGUCUCAAGGAACACUUUGGAGAAGAAACAAACAUCGCAAGAGCAUGCAUCAGGCCUCCAAAAUUCUUUCAGGUUCAACGUCUGGAUGGCGCGACUUCAGACAAGUGGGUGAUAGAAGUUGAUGUUGUCCCAAGUUAUUCACAGACUCAAGAGAAGCUUUUCUAUACCUCAAUAAUAUCUGAACUAAAUGGAGAAGAAUACAAAACUGAAUGUCUAUUUAUUCGACAAGGCCCAAAGAGCAUCAACAUUCUUGCAGACAAUAAUCCCAGAAGUCUUCAGGAGAAGAUGAGAGGUUUGACAGAGGAAGUCAAAUAUUGGUCAUCAGCACGCAAGUCAAAAGAGGAGAGCAACUGUCAGCUGCCCAACCAAAACCACCAAGGACAGAGGCUAAAACAAUUGAUAACUCAUGGGAGAGACACACUUGAAAACUCAUUGCAAGUUAUAGUUGUCACAAACAAGUGCCACCCCAGUCAACUUGAACAUUUGGGUUUUUUGAAAGAGAUGAAGUUGUUUGCAGUGCUCGAGUUUGACCCAGAAUCUGACAUGAACGGGACAUGCAGUUUCUACAGAGCAGAUCGCAUAGCUAAUGUUCACUACCCUCGAAUGUACAAUACCAAUGACAGUGUCUCCACUGUUAUCGGAAAGCUGAACUUGUUUAAGCAGACAAGCUGGGUCUUUUGUAAUGGUCGAGCAAAUGAGGUCAGUGAAGCAGACAGACCUUUCACUACCAGUGAAUGGCUGAAGAAACGUGCUGGAGAAAUCAGCGAUAUGGUUUCAUUUCUCUGCAAUCCAGAUGUCUUGUCGAAAGACAGAUUACUUGUGGUGUUCAUGCUUCACUCAGGAGUCACUGACAUCUCAAGCCCUAUACUUGAGGCCUUUUGUGCGAUCUAUCGCACUCUUGAGGGUGAGGAUAAUAUGCUCUGCAUAUGCAAAGAUUCAAAUUUAUUCAGUCAAUGGAGAGACAUGAUAAAUACUCGCUGCAAAGUGGAUAUCACCAGUAAAUGUAUCUACGAAUUGAGCCUGAAUGAAAUCGACUGCACCAUCAGGAAAAUCAAAGAACCUCAGACACGGUCCUCUAGGAGAUAUCUGCCAUCUUCUGGCUCCAGUUCGGUCCUCCUGACACAAAAAGAUGAAGAGCUGAUGACCGUACUUGAUAUACUGAGUGAAAAUGAAUGUGAGAACACUGAAAUUGAAACCAAGGACACUUUUGAGGAAUUCAAGACCAACACGGAGGAGGACUUUUACAGAGGCGGACAAGUGACUUGGUGGAACUUCUACUUGUCCGAGAGGCCAGGUUGUCUGCCAUUUAUCAAACGUGACAAGUAUGAGGAUCUUCACAACCUGAUCACACCUACAGAGGGGUACACAUCGCCAUGCAUAAUAAUAAACCUCUUCCAUCAUCCAGGCUGUGGUGGAACAACACUGGCCAUGCACGUGUUGUGGAACUUGAGAUGUAAAUUCAGAUGUGCCGUUCUGAAAAACACCACAGCACAGAACAGUGAGAUCGCAGUCCAAGUCACACACCUGCUGACCUGUGGCAAAGAGAAGCAGUUGAGUUAUACUCCUGUUCUACUCUUGGUGGACAACUGGGAGGACGUUGAAGACCUACAGAGAUGCAUACUAAGUGCAGCCAACGAGAAGAAAAAACCUGAGACUCUGAUGGUCAUCAUACUGAACUGUGAGAGAUCACAGAUUCCUGCAGUGAGCUCCAGAAACAGCCGACUUGACAACGUCUUCAUGAUCAACAAACUCUCCACCAAAGAGCAGAGCUUCUUUGAGGUGAAACUGAAAGAGCUCAAAGGUCACCAUCAGAAACCUGAAACGUUCUACGCCUUCAUGAUCAUGACAAACAAUUUCAGUGAGAAGUACAUAGAGAAUCUGGUGUGCAACACCCUGAAAGACCUUGACACCUCCAGAAAAGAAGGACAGCUAUUUUCACUCUUAGCUUUGCUAAAUACAUAUGUGAACGGCUCCUAUAUGGCCCUGUCCCUCUGUGAGGAGUUUGUGGGGAUUAGGAAUGCUCUGUGGGGAAAAGAAACACUUGAGGACAAAAUUAACCCAUACUCCACGCUUCUGAUCCACUUCAACAUUGAAGAGCACGGCACCUAUCAGGCAGUUCGGUUUCUACACCAAAGGAUUGCAAGUAAUUGCCUCAAAGUACUCACCGGAAAGCACAAGCUUCAACUGGGGGAAAUAACAACCAAUCUGUUACACUGUGACUUGCUGUACAAAUCUGGCAUGGGUAAGGAUAUCCUGGUUCAAAACAUCCAAAGUAUGCUGAUCACACGGCAAAGAAAGGAACUUGGACAUGACAAAGAUACACUGUUCUCUCCUUUGAUUGAAGACAUACAGACGGAUGAGGGAAUCAGCCAAAUCAAAGAAGUUCUUGUAAGAGCAACAAAGAGAUUUGACAAAAACGCAACUCUGCCACAAGCUUUGGCAAGGCAUUUCUAUCUGAAAGAGAAGGAUUAUAUAUCUGCUCUGCAAUGGGCCAAGGAUGCACAGCAGAAAAUGUACAAUUCUUACAUUGCUGACACAUUAGGACAGGUGUACAAAAGCCACCUAAAAUAUGAAAUUGAACAUGCUGAGGAGCUCACUCCAGAAGGGUUAGACAAAUGCCUAAAAUUAGCAUUUCAGGCCACCAAAGCAUUCAGAGAUUCACAGGAACUCGCAAAGAAGGAUGAGCCAAUGGAUUCCCUUGAUCUGCCCAACAGAAAGAGGCAACGAACCUACAACACAUCUGGGUAUGUCGGUGAAAUGGAAGUUUCAAUGAUUGUUUUAGAUAUCAUCAAAGAUAUUCCUUUUUUCAACAAAAGUGACGCACUCCAGCGAGACAAAAUGCUGCAGUUCCUCAAAAACCACUUGCCAGUGAGGGAUUUUCAUGAAACAACAAACAGUACAAAUGAUCAAUUCAUUGCUGUUCUGGCAGACCACGAGAAAUUCCUGGUCUCUUUGAAGCCACGGCUGAAGGAGAUGUUCACUUUUUUUGAGAACUACUUCACAUACCUGAAGCCAAGGUCAAUUGAGAAGGAGACAGCAGAGGACAGAAACAAACGAAAAGUAUCAGAGCUCUUCAAGAAGUACAUUCACAUCUUCUGUUCCUCGGGAGAAGAGAGGGCCUCUGAAAGGGCCAGUCAACCAAAACUGAGUAUCCGGCAGGAGAUAGAGGAGCAGCGAAACUAUUUGGAGCAAAAGCGAGCAGAUUCAUUUGCUGGUCUUCUCCAGUAUCUGAAUGAGAAGAAUGGGAAUCAAAUUGAAUUGAUUCUGAAGAAAUGGCAGUUCAUUGUUCAAAAUUCUACACGGAAACUCAUGGCUGACCGGAUCAAUUUCAUCCUUGCAAACAUUGUUCUUCACUGCAUUAAGCCAAGCUCAACAUUGCUGAAGAGGUACGAGGAGCUGGUCUCCCUUCUCAACGAGGCACUGCAAGAAGAGGGAACCCAUUCAAACUGCACAGAGCUGUACUACCUCUCAAUGUUGCUGAUGUGGCCAAGAAAGGACAACCUGCUUGAGAGCACCACAACGUUCAAAAACAUUGGCACGUAUGUCACUUCAUCGAAAAAAUCUUUCCAUCGUCGCUUCUCCCACGUGUUUCUGGCGAAGAGUUGCAUCGCACAUUUCUACCUCGGGAAAUCAAGAGGACUGAGGAGAAUAAUUCACAAAGGCAGGCUUGAUCAUUUGCUGUACAAAGAGGGACCCAAAACCUCACACAAGAAGGCCUCAUCCAAAGAUAGACCCCCAAACCCACAUCAACUGUGGCAAAGUGGAGCAAUAUGGAGGGAUCCUGAGAUACAAAACCUGUUACUACGGGUCAAAGGGAAAACUGAGAACGGUGACAUUUAUGUUUACUACGGAGGCAAUCUGAAAAUCUCAGUGCGUCCAGUAUACCUUGGUGGAGUCCGAAGUGGAUGCAGCACAGAGGAGGUCUCCUUUUACCUUGGAUUCACCAUGGAGGGUCCCGUAGCUUAUGACAUAAAGUAUGAAAAUGACCAGUAAACAGCUUUCCAUCAGGUAGACUGAGGAAGGGACGCAAGCAUUCGCACUUAGGGAAAGGAAAGGCUUCCAUUGAAGUUAUAUAGGCCUAGAGGUUUUGACUGGGGUGAAUGUCUGUGAACCAGGACAGAAUCACAUUAAGUAAGAUACCAGUGUGCUCUUGUCACUGUGUGAGGAAACCCAACCUCAACCACCUGGAUAAAAUCAAAGCAGAGAGAACAGGUGUCGGGUGACAUGCAGCAAUGAAUCAUUCAUGCUUUUAGAGGUGAAACAACGAUAAUCAAUCUUGCAUCAGAAUGGAUUGCAAUGUCUCUAAGUCCCUGUAAUUGUGUCUCUAAGUCCCUGUAAUUUUGUCUCGAAGUCCCUGUAAUUUUGUUUCUAAGUCCCUCUAAUUGUGUCUCUAUGUCCUUGUAAUUUUGUCCCUAAAUCCCUGUCAUUUUUCUGUAUGUCCCUGUAAUUUUGUCUCUAAAUACCUCUAAUUACCUCUAAUUGUAACAUACAGUAAAAUACAGUAGCAUACCAAUGAACAAGGAUUGUAGACCUAUAAACCACGUGCAACUAUUCAAUGCUUAAAACAUGUAUUAUGGUUUAGCAUUGUGUUUGUUGAAAGUAUGGGAUGAUUAUUAUGUUACAAGGCAUAUUGACUUUCUGCACGUUAUCUAGCUUCUUCAGUUGUUUGUCCAAAUACAUUCAAUUGCGUGUUUAUUUGAAAUUACAGACAAGAAAUUAGGAGAAAACCUAUUGUCAAUGUUUGUUCAUGGAAUAAAGAGGAUUGCAUUACUAUA